UGGAAGCAGUGCGGGAGCAGUGGGAAGUCGGUCUACGGCGUUUUCCUCUCUACCUUCUUUUUCUGAUUGUUUUAUGACUUUUGCUUUUAUCCCUCGUGCGUUGAGGAUGUAUUUUGAAGCAUGAAAGCGGCGUACUGCGUUGCUUGUUGUCUUAUCUAAGUGUCAAAAUUGUGUUUUCUUCCUAGUUGCACCUCCAUCGUUACCUUUUCACCUCCUGACGGUGUUUUGGUUUUGUUAGCCUACUUUUUUUUUCUUCUUCUUCCCUCCACACGUUUUUCAAGGACGGACACGAAGCUUCUUCACUGGACCAACGAGGAAAUAUUAUUUCUCUCUUUUAUAAAUGCACUUUUUAACGUUGAGACAUUUUUUUUACUGGACCAUAUCCGUCGUCGGUUGUAUGUGAGUGAGUGUGUGUGUGUGUGUGUGUGUGUGUGUUGACUAACUAGUGAUGAGAUUUUAACUCGUGGUUUGUCUUUCCUUUUUUAUUUUUUCCUCAUGACAUUGAGGCGUGCACCGGACUCUCAUUCUGAGCCUUUACGACUCAAGUUUUUUCGGGUCUGAGUGUCAGUCUUUUUUGAGUUUAGCCUGAAAAGGACGCCGACAAGCAGCCACACACUCCUCCUGUUGCUUCAGUGUGAACACACCGGCAGCGUGUCCGCGCGCCGCUUCCUCUCCGAGUGACUCACGGUCGACGCUCCGGUUAAAGAGGGCGACUUCGGGGGGGGAUUUUUAGUGGGAGUUUUCCCCUCUGUAGGUUCGGACAGUGCUGGCGUGUUUGUCUUUCAGUUUUUUCUUGGUGAAACAGAGUUUAAAAAAAAACAAUUUUUAAAAAAAUGCCACAGUUAUCAGGCGGCGGCGGAGACCCGGAGCUGUGCGCCACAGACGAAAUGAUAGCGUUCAAAGACGAAGGAGACCCGCAUAAGGAGCAGAUCUUCGCCGAGCUCAGCCACUCGGAGGAAGAGGGAGACCUGGCAGACAUCAAGUCAUCUCUGGUCAACGAGUCAGAGAGCAGCCCCAACAGCCACAGCCACAGUCACAGUCACAGCCACGACGCAGUUAGACAGUCCCAAAUACCGCAAGAUUCAUAUCAUGAAAAACACAGAGACCAUUCGGAAGAUGGAAAACUCCAAGACCUGUACAGUAAAGGCCAUCCGUACCAGGGCUACCCAGGCUACAUCAUGAUGAGCAACAUGAACGACUCCUACAUGACCAAUGGCUCCCUGUCGCCACCCAUGCCCAGAACGUCCAACAAAGUCCCCGUGGUGCAGCCGUCCCAUGCAGUCCACCCACUCACCCCGCUGAUCACGUACAGCGACGAGCACUUCGCCCCAGGAUCCCAUUCUGGUCCUCACCCCCAGGAUCUCAACAAACAAGGAAUGCAGAGGCAUCACCCCGGACAAGAAAUGCCCAACUUCUACUCCCUGUCUCCCGGAGGAGUCGGGCAGAUCACGCCACCGCUGGGCUGGUUCUCACACCACAUGGUGCCCGGCCCCCAAGGUCCCCACGCCACAGGGAUCCCCCACCCGGCCAUCGUCAACCAUCAGGUCAAACACGAGCCUCCGCAUGAAACAGACAUCAUGCACAUGAAACCCCAGCAUGAACAGAGAAAGGAGCAGGAGCCCAAAAGACCGCACAUCAAGAAGCCGCUAAACGCCUUCAUGCUCUACAUGAAAGAAAUGCGUGCGAAUGUGGUCGCAGAGUGCACGCUGAAGGAGAGCGCUGCCAUCAAUCAGAUCCUGGGACGAAGGUGGCAUGCUUUAUCUCGGGAAGAGCAAGCUAAGUAUUAUGAGUUAGCCCGCAAGGAACGGCAGCUCCACAUGCAGCUCUACCCAGGCUGGUCUGCUCGAGACAACUAUGGAAAGAAGAAGAAGCGGAAGAGGGAAAAGAUGCAGGAAUCAGCCCCAGGUACAGGCCAGAGAAUGAAAACGGCGUACAUCUGAGAAUAUGGGGGAAAACGGAACAAUUUCUCCACAUGCAAAGCGAAGGCAGCAGCUACGGGCCCUCUGCUAGAGAUGGAGGCCUGUUAGAUUUCAUGAAGACCCUUAAAUAUCCAAACUGAAGCCUCCAGUUCUCAGAGGACCCCAACCUCCCCCCAACCCCACCUAAACCCUACUCCCCUUUCCUUCAACACAGUCACAUGCCACCACCACCAACCCUUCACUGUUUGACUCUACUCCCGUCCUGAAGCGCCUGCUGUAGAGACACUGAACUGAACAAGACAAUCCUGAUUAGUAGGAGCACAACUCACACAAAACCCACGUUCUCUUCACCGAAAGAAAAAAGAAAAAGAAAACUGCAUCAAUUUGACGUCUGUGUUUUGUCAGUUUCCUUUUACAAUCAGCUUCACUGCAAUCGUCCCCCCCCCCCCCCCCCCCCCACCUCCCCCUCCCCCCGAGGCACUGCACUGAGAAACAGCAGCGAUCUUGAUGUACGCACAAACUUCUUCACCGCACCGCCCCAAACACUCCAAACACCUGUUUCUAAGUUACUGUAAGUUAUUUGUCACCUCGGUUCCUUUGUAUAGUUCAUUAGGCCGACAUUCACUCCCCCACCACCACCACCACCGACCCCCCCCCAUACUCUCUCUCUUUCUCUCUCUCCCUGGAUUUUUGAGACCUUUUGAGGUUUCGCCCGACCGACCAAACACCUCUUUUUAGACUGCACUAAGGAAGCCGGAGGAUUCUCAUCUCGUCUACGAAACGUCCUCAAGACGCCAUUUUACUUUGUCGCUGACCAGUUGGUGCGAAAAUGGAUCAACAUUUUUUGAUUUGCUUUUUCACUUUAGACUGAAUUUUAUUUUGAAUGCUUUUUUUUUUUGUAUCUUGAAUCCUUGUUUCACUUUCUCGGUGUAUAUUUUUAGUGAUUUUCUUUCUUUUUCUUUUAUGUUUUGUUUUUUUAUAUAGUGGUAUAUAUGAAAAUAAGCUUUGGACACAGGAAAGCCAUUUUUCUUGUUGAAGCAUCUUGCAGAAAAUUGAAACUUAAGGCUUCUUUUGAUAACUAUUUGUAACAAAUAGUGACCUCGAGUCUUGCUCAGAUGUAAAAUAAUGCUCAGUAUGUGUACUUUUUAAAACUGUCAGGAUAUGUCAAUUUUCUUGGUAUUUUUGCAGGCAACAUUAGGACAAAGGCGAGAGUGACGGCUCAGAGGCCUAUAUUUUAUUGUUCUAAAACAUGACAAAUGAAGCAGAUAUAUAUAUUUACCCCAGCACUUGGCAGUCUUUCUUUUAUUGCAAUGGACCUUUGUCUUUUCUCUCUGGUAGCUAAUAGUGUGGUCUUUAGCCAUGUUGUUUAUUCCAUGCAAGCAUCUCUGUAACAUUUUGAUUUUAAUGCUCUAUUUUAGUAUUACUUGAUGAAUUCCUUUUUUUAUUAUCAUAUUUUGGGUCACUGUCAUCUUGGUAUAGCAUUUUGCUUCCCAAGUGGUCAUAUUUGAACUGUUUCAACAUGUUUUUUUUUGUAAGAAAAAUAAAAAGGCACCAUUGGCUCAUUUGAUCACUUGUGCGGUGGAAAGACCAGAGCUGGAAGUGCCAGAUGUAGCAGUC